AUGGGAGAGCUGGUGAACAUUCUCGUUGCUUUUGCUGUUAUUAUAUUCCUAUUUCGAUGGGUGACUUCGGGGAGCGAUAAUGUUGCUGAGCAGAGGCAGAUCGAGGCGCUUGGGUUUAGGCCUAAACGGGUGUCCCAAGAUAUGAUCUCGACUGUAUCGAAUAUGUUCCCUGAUAUACCUAUCGCGAACAUCCAUUAUGACUUGUUACGAACGGGCAACGUGGAGCAGACGACGAAUAAAGUGCUGGAAAGGGGGUUCCUUGAAGCGCCUCCAGCAGCAUUCCAUCAACUAUACCCCUCAAGCAGCACCAACACGAGCUCGACUCGAGCACCAGCUGCAGCAUCCGCCUCGUCCUCAUCAUCAAAACCUGCCCCUAAACCCCUCUCCCUGAUCGAACGCUACCAAUUAGAAGAACGUAUUAAGAAGGGGGAGGUCGUCCCUGAAGACCAGGUUGGGGGUAAGGCCCAGUGGGAGGAUAGCCCCGAGAAGCGGGAGGCGAGUUUGAGGGAGCGGAAGGCCCAGAUGAUUCUGGCCGCGCGACAACGUAUGUUGGCGCAACAAGUGCAAAGUCAGGCUGCUAAGUCGUGA